ACUAUAUAUUCUCCUCACCACCUCGCGCCGCCACUUCUGCGCCUCCCCGUCUCUCUCGUCCUCGCUCGCCGCCGCCGAGAAGGAAGGAAGAGGAGGAGGAAGGAGCAAGCGGAGAUGGGCCACUCCAACGUCUGGAACUCGCACCCCAAGAACUACGGGCCCGGCUCCCGCGUCUGCCGGGUCUGUGCUAACCCCCAUGGAUUGAUCAGGAAGUAUGGGCUCAUGUGCUGCAGGCAGUGCUUCCGCAGCAACGCCAAGGACAUUGGCUUCAUCAAGUACCGCUAAAGGCAUUGCCUUGCUGGCGUCGAGAACUUCACCUGGGUUGAAAAGAAAUGGAUCCUUCAAUAGAAGGCUCAACUUAUGUGCAUUAGAUUUUCGUUCAGACUUGAGACUGCUAGUAAACUACUUGUUAAAGUUUUGAUGGGUACUAUAUGCCUGUUAAACUAAUUAUAAUUAAGUGAUUGGAGUAUUUUGUCAUGUUUGAUAUCUGGUGUACUCAACCUGCUUGUAUUGGUGCCCUCCAAGGCUCCCAAGUUAUUGUACUGCCAAUUCUAUUCCUUGCUUCAUGUAUGAGCUUGGCACUUUUGAAUGAUGACAAUUAGUCUGUGAUAUCAAACUGUAAUGUGAUAAUAAUUACAGUGUGUAUUUGCUGGUA